AUGUUAGCAUAUAAACAAACUUACGGAGAAGAGCCUAUUUGGAAAUAUUAUAGACGAAAUUUUAAAGGUCAUAUUCCUCCAAAGAAAACACGAAAAACUUGUAUUAGAGGUGGUAUAGUUGCUACUGGUAAUCCAUGUCCAAUAUGCAGAGAUGAAUAUUUAGUUCUUGAUUAUCGUAAUAUUGAUUUAUUAAAACAAUUUAUUUCCAAGGAUAGUGGAGAAAUUUUAAAUUACAAUUAUACUUGUCUUUGUCAAAAGGCUUAUAAAGAUUUACUUGUUGCAAUAAUGAAAUCAAGAGAAUAUGGUUUAUUUCCAUAUCAUAAAUAA